ACCCAAAAGACAUUGCCCUGGUAAUUUAGUGGUAGCCCAGCCAGGGGCAGACUGACCAUUUGGAAACUCUGGCACUGCCCGAGGGCCCGGGGUCAGUAGGGGGCCCCAUGAGAUGCCCCUGGUACCUUUUUCAUAGGCUUUUUUUUGAGUUUGGGCAAGGACACAGGGGCCCCAUGAUCCCCUAUUGCCCCAUGAGUUGUCAGUCCGCCCCUGAGCCCAGCAACAACACUGUCCCUCUGUGGUCAAAGUGUAAUGUGGUUGUUGCCAGUUGCCUCUCACCAACUCCUGUGUCAGCAGGU